GAAGCCUUUUGAGAAAUUAAAUUUUCUCACCACCUUCUUCUUCACUCUCACGCGCUCCCUUUCUCUCACUUUAAACCAAACCCUCUGAUUCUCCCCAAUUCUGAUUCCAAUUCCCCGGUGAUGUCAAGCGCGGCGGCAGGCGGCGACGUGGAGGCGGGGUUCGCGAAGCUCCAGGGCGAGGACUUCGAGUACUACAUGCAGACCUACUCCAUCGUCCUCGGCCGCAACUCCAAGAAAUCCACCGUCGACGUCGACCUGUCCAGCCUCGGCGGCGGCAUGAACAUCUCUCGCCACCACGCCCGCAUCUUCUACGACUUCGCUCGUCGCCGCUUCGCCCUCGAGGUCCUCGGCAAGAACGGCUGCCUCGUCGAGGGCGUCCUCCACCUCCCGGGCAACCCCCCGGUCAAGCUCGAUUCCCAAGAUCUGCUCCAAAUCGGUGAUAAGGAGUUUUACUUUCUCUUGCCUGUUCGUAGCAUUUUGGGGGGCCCCGUGGGUCCGCGCCAUUACCCUAACCACACUGCCCCUCCAGGGCCCGUCGUGCCGCACUAUAACUACCAUUUGAGCUCGGGCCCGGGCCCGGGCCCGGUGAAGAAAGCGCCUAGGAGGGAGUAUUACGAGGAGGAGUUCGACGACGAGGAUGAUGUGGGUGCGAGGAAGAUGCGGAGAGAGGGGUAUGAUGGAUAUGGCUACUCUGGCGGCAAGUCUUCUCUUUCGGCACCAAUGGAACAUCAAUCCCCCAGGGAGAUGAGUGGCAAUGAGGAAUAACUGUGGUCUUACAAUUAAGUUGGUGGGUGCUAAAGAGAGCAUGCUGGUCAUGGGAGUCUUCAGAACUUCAAUAUCUAGGAAAUUCUUCUUCAUGCUCUCUAAUGAUAUUGCAAACUGUAAUCAUUAUCCUUUCUAACAUUUAAGUCUGCAAGGAUU